AUGUUUGGUUGUGUUGAUCGAUACGCUGGUGACAAUUGUACAACUCUCUGCGAGUCGACAUGCAAAACAUGUCUACAACAUGAUAAUCUAUACUGCCUGGCAUGCAACAAUGGAUACACUGGAACAACCUGCCAAUGUCCUCCUAACUGUAACUGUGCUAGUGGAUCUGAUAUAUGUGCAUCAUGUACGGUGGGAUACGCUAAUACUGAACACCAAUGUAAGUGUCAGUCUCAAUAUUGUCGUGGGGACAGUUGUAAUGAAUGCAUUGAUCAAACGUUUUAUGCUGAUAAUGAAGCGUGUUGUAAAUGUCCAGAUACUUGCAAAGGUGGUGUAUGCAAGAGUGGACCUGAGUGUAUAUCCGGUUGCAUUGAUGGCUUUUACGGUCUCGAUUGUUCUAUACGUUGUUCGUCCUUAAAUGCCAACUGUUCAAUAUGUAACAGGAGUGAUGGUAUGUGUCUUGAAUGUAAAAACGGACUUUACCCGCAUGGCAAUGGAAGUUGUAUAAGUUGCAAUAGUAAUUGUGAAAGCAAGCAGUGCAAUUCUAAAACAGGCAUAUGUACAAAUGGUUGUUUAGGAAAGUUUUGGGGGGAUAAGUGUGACAUGCAGUGCGAUUCAAAUUGUGAAACAUGUCAGCAAGAAUCCGGAAUAUGUGAUUCGUGUUAUAAACCAACUGUAUAUGGCUCGUAUUGCAAUGAAUCAUGCAGCUCAUCCUGCCUUGAAAACAAGUGCGACCAACGAUCUGGUCAUUGUUCCAUUGGAUGCGAAGGGGAUUUCUUUGGCUAUCUGUGUCAAACCAUGUGCCCUGAAAACUGCCAACAAAGUGGUACAGGAACGAAAUGCAAUUUUGAUGGAAACUGUAAAUUUGGCUGCGUGGAUGGCUAUGAAGGCGAUGCCUGCACAAAAUCUCAAGUUUGCACUGGUUCUUCAACAAUAAUUGCUCUCGCAGUUUUAUCGGGAGUUUUGGGCAUUUUGCUUAUUUGCACAGCUGCUGGUUGCUACCUGUGGAGCAGUCGACGGUCAAAACCAAAAGAACAAAUCUCGACGAUUGAGUUUGAUCAGCGUGACAUCGAUUUAACAUAUGAACAGCUACAAGGACAGUCAAACGAACAAACAUACAGAAAUGUUGACGACAAUUACACUGUGCUUUCGAAUGUUCAUAACAAUUAGAUUGCUCAUUCUUAUGCUAAAACUAGGAAAUAGGCAGUUCAUUUGUACAUAUUUUCCUCAGUGUUUGUUUGGAACGUUUGUUAAACAGAAAUAAAAAAGGGAAUGUCUAGCGCUA